AGGUAUCAGAGCCCAGCAGGGACGCUGCCAGGGCCCAACGCCCCACGAGCCCACAGCUGCCCACGCACCCGUAAGUCUGUGCUGCCUGGGUGGGAUCGGGCACUGUGUGUGAGCCUCCGCCCCUGGGCUGCGCAGGGAAGGAUGUGUGGGGAGCGUGGGGGUGAGAGCAGGGGGCUAGGGCUGCUGUCAGCUGUAGGGCUUGGAUCAGAGUCACGUCCCUGCCACCGAUGGGGAGCCCUCUGCGCUGCAUUGACCUAAAGCUUUGGUUUUUAGGCUCUGGGUGGAGAAAUGUGGUUUUUCCUCUCCUUCCGCUUUAUGGGAUGAGCUUUGAGCCAGGACGUGCAUGGCGUGCGGGGCAGGGCUGUCUGCCAGGCAGCCCUGAGCGGCGUGGAUUGCUCACCCCAGGGCACAGUGCUGCCCUGAUUUCUCAUUUCCUCUGCUCCAGCUGCCUGAAACCAUGUCUGAAUCUGCUCUGCAGGCUGAGCCCCUGCAGCAACAAGGCUGUGGCAUUUCCUCAUUCUCCUUCACGUUUGCAGUGGGACAGAGCCCACUCGGCCAGGAGGCUCCAAACAGGAGGGAGCAGCGUGUUGGGCUCCCGGCAGCUGGCUGUCCCCAGGGGCGGUUCCUGGGGACACCCCUGGCAGGGUGCUCUCCCCAACACAACCCCGUGCUCAGGAGGAGCUCGGCAGCACUGUGUCCUCUGGGCAGCCGGGGAUCCCUUUGCCCCCCCACGUUACUACCACGAGCUGCCCAGUGCAGAGCUGGGGGCUGAGUGCCAGCGCUGCCAGCUUACCCUGAGGCUGAGCUUCCCCGUGCCAUGGGGGAAGGUGAGGCUGGGAAUGUGGGAAGAGCCGACUGCAGGGUGCUGAGCACUGACCUGGGCCUGGGAGGAGAUUUCAAGUGGCUUUCAGAGCCAAUUGCUUUGAAGAAAUGGUGACAACUGGAGUUCAGCCACUGCAGCAUUUCCUGCCCCUUUCCCGGCACCCACUUGGCCCAAGCUGGAGGGAAGAGAAGCUCUGCUCUCCCUGUCCAGGAUGAGUUUCAUUAAUUCUCCCAUGUGGGGAGAAAAUGAAGUCCUCCCCAAUAAUGUGAUGCAGCUGAGAUCAGCUGAGAUAUCCAAGCUCCCAAGGACCCAGCUCAGGAGAAUGGGGCAUAAGAACAACCCUUCAUGGACAUCAGAGACCACUCUACAGAGCUCCCCCAGCCCGGCUGGAGCAGAUGUGAUCCAUCACACCCAGGCCAAAGGGCGAGCUCAGAGCAGCUCCACCUGAUUUAAUUGCUUAUCUGAGCGAUGAACGUGAGGUCAGCUCAGCCAGGAUAGCAACAGCUGCUGCAUCGAGGGGAAGUGCUGUGUGUCACCCCAUUCGGGUGUUAACGCCUCCUAGCAAAGGAUUUCUGGACCAGAAAAUGGAUUUUCUCCUUAAAACAGUCUGUUUUCUGCUUGUAUUUCCCCAUCAGUGCUGAACGAGGCUUAGCUUUCCCCAGCAGUUGAUGUAUUUAGGAGUCCUGGGCAGCUCUCAGUUCUCGCUGUGCUGUGUCUCCACGUGUUGCUCACAGAUGCUUUCAGCUGAAUGCAGGGCAGACCCAGUUGCAUUAAUAAUGGAAAAGUCCCAGGUAAACUCAGGAGCCUUUGAGCCUCAUGCCAUGCCUCUGCUGCGAGGAGAAACGUCUCAAGGGCACUAAUGUCUCCAUGAAGGUGACUUCACGGCUUUCUUGUCCUCCCAAGUGAGGGACGUGGCUGUGCCAGGCUGUUGGCAGCUGCCCGGGUCAGCGGUGCCACAGGUGCUGCCUGCGGGGUGUGGGCAGGAGGGGGUGUGCAGCAGGCGACAGGGAGCUGCAGUGUUGGUGGAGCAGCGUGGGCUCUUGUGGCUUGGUGUGCAAGGGCUCUCAGCAGGCCGGCCUGGUGCUAUGCGGUGCUCCCCGAAACGCUCCCUCACGGCUGUGAUUGCAGCCUCCUUCCUCCUCCUCCUCCUUCUCCUCCUUCUGCACAGGGGCAGCUGGCAGGACCCCCAGGAGGUGCAGUUUAGGGAUCUACCUUCAGAUGCGGUCCUGAAGAUACUGAAGCAAGGAUCCCUGCACAUCCUCCAGGACACGGACAACCUCUGUGCACUCCACAACAUCUCCUACCAUCUCCUCGCUGGUUCCCCCUUACCCCACAAAAAGUUCUUGGCGGUGGGGCUGUCAUCAGUGCGACGACCACGUGGAUAUUACCUCCCAGACACGCUGCAGUCCCUCUUCAAGCAGUCAUCAGAGGAGGAGCUGCAGGAGAUGGUGGUGGUGGUGCACCUGGCAGAUGCAGACCCCAUCUGGAAUGCCCAGGUGGCCGCCGACAUCAGCCAUAGGUUCGCUCACCACAUCCUCCUGGGCCGGCUCGUGCUUAUCCAUGCUCCCCAUGAGUUUUACCCAACCCUGGAAGGCCUCAAGAGAAACUACAACGACCCAGAGGAGCGGGUGAAGUUCAGGUCCAAGCAGAACGUGGAUUACGCCUUCCUCUUCACCUUUGCUGCCAACCUUUCCUCCUACUACUUGAUGAUUGAGGAUGACGUGUGGUCUGCCAAGUCCUUCUUUACUGCCAUCCGCAAAGCUGUGGCCUCCCAGGAAGGCUCCAACUGGGCCACCCUUGAGUUCUCCAAGCUGGGCUACAUCGGUAAGCUCUACCGCUCCAGUGACCUUCCUCGCUUGGCUCGCUUCCUCCUCCUCUUCUACCAGGAGAUGCCCUGUGACUGGCUGCUGACCCACUUCCGCCUCCUGCUCACCCAGAAGGAUGUGAUCCGCUUCAAGCCCUCCCUCUUCCAGCACAUGGGCCUCUACUCCUCCUUCCAAGGUACCGUCAACCGACUGGAGGAUGACGAGUUUCAGGCUGAUGCCAUGGACCUUCCAGACAACCCGCCAGCAGCCCUGUUCACCAACAUGGUUGUCUUUGAGAACUAUGAGCCCUCCAAGGCUUACAGCACAGCAAGGGGGUAUUUCUGGGGGAAAAACCCAGCAGUUGGCAGCAUUUUCUCCAUUGUCUUCCACCAACCAGCCCGUGUCACCCGUGUCCGGGUGCAGACGGGAUCCAGUGAGCGCCCUGGGGACUUCCUGCAUGCAGGGGUUCUGGAGCUGGGCCGGGGGCGGCGGGCUGAUGGCCGAGACUGCUCUGUGUACACCACUGUGGGCACCUUUGAGAAAGGGAACUUAGAGUGGCGGGGGCUGGAGAAGGGAAUGCCCAACCCUGUGGAGUGCGUGAGGAUCCGGGUGACCCAGAGCCAGAGUGAGUGGCUCAUCAUCCAGAGCAUUGGUAUUUGGACUGCAGGCACCUGACCAGGGCUGUGAUGGGUCACCACUGUGGUUGGAUUUUGCUCUAAGAAGAGCUUUAUUUUUCUCAGUCCCUUUUUUCGAUGGGGAAUUAAAUUAUUCAGUCAAACCGGUCCUGCUUGCUGAACGUAGAGGGGUGGCAGGGCAGCUGCGGGGUCUGCUUCCUGCACGGAGGUGGACGGGGUUGGCUGUUGGGCCCACUGUGCUGCACCAGACUGGGGGAUGCUGCAGAAAACAGUGCCCAGCCCCAGGCUGCUGCCCUACGGCCCAUCAGUAUGGGGAAAGUGAUGGACAGGCAGCUCUGCAUACGCUUUGUGUCCUGAUGGAGUGCCAGUUUUCGUGCUCCAAGCAGAGUCCUGCUUCCUUUGUCCCCCAGUGCCCUUCUUGAUGCUUCCUUAUGCCCUGACUCAGCUAAUUAAUUAAAAACGGUGAGUCAAUUA